GAAACUGCUAGAGUGACAAACACACAAUUAGAAAUUGAGAAGGUAAUUAACACUAAAAGUAUACUGAAGUUAAUGUACUAUAUUGUUGGACUAGUAUUGAGCCAUGUAUUUAAAUUAUUUGUAGUGUUAUGAUGUAUGUUUAGUUUCAGUUUAGUAUUUUGUAUUUGGGCUGACCACGUUGUACAUGAAUUGUAUAUAAAUGACAUGUAGUUCCACUUUGGAACUAAGAUACCCAUUUCAUCAAAAUAUUUGGCAGCUCCCAUUCUAUCGAACCUUCUGUUCUCUCUUGUUCAUAUAUGAUUUCCAAUUAUCUCAUCAAAUCCAACAUGCUAUCAGGGCUUUCUAUCAAAGAUCCGGCGUAGAUUUUGUGUUUUCAUAGCUUCAUUUCUCUGAUUUUCUAAGUUUCAGAGGAAUCGCAACAAAAAAAAAAACUAGGCUAUAAAUUCGUUUUUUUUUUGUUCAAUUUUCCAAUUUUGGCGGCUGUUUGUUGAUCGAUUCUGCUGGAUUUGAAGUUUUGGAGCUAUUAUCUUCAGUUUCACCGGAGAAAUUUCCAGAUUUGGGUUUUUUUUUGGUCUUCGCACAUGUGUGAAUCAGUUGCGAUGGCAUUUUCCGAUCUGGUGGUUUCCUGGAGGUUCACCUUUGAUUUAUGGUAUCUUCAUCCUUAUCUGUGCGAAUUUUUGGUAAGCUCGGGUUGCAUCUCCUCCUCGAUUGUUAUUCCUGACAAUUUCUCUCUGCUAGUAUUGUUUGUUUCUGUGGAAUCAUGAGGAACAUACAUGACAACAGUGAUUCCGAACUUGAACUUGAACCUGCCUUACCUUCAUCUCAUCCUUUUUUCCUACAUCCGUCUGAUAAUCCUGGUAUUAUGUUAGUAGCUAAACAAUUUAAUGGUUCAUGCUUUGGGGCUUGGAGGAGAGGGAUCAUUAUAGCUUUGUCUGCAAAGAAGAAGAUAGGUUUCAUCAAUGGUGCAUAUGUUAAACCCUCUCUUACUUCUUCACUAUACGAACCAUGGGAACAGUGUAAUAAUAUGGUGAUUAGCUGGAUUUUGAAUUCUCCAGAUCCGGACAUAGCACAAAGUGUGAUAUAUUCCAAAUCUGCUAAAAGUCUUUGGGAUGAAUUGAAUCAGAGAUAUGGUCAAUCCAAUGGUGCUAGGAUGUAUGAGGUACAGAAGGACUUGAGCUCUAUCUCUCAAGGUUCCUCUGAUGUCAGUGGUUAUUUUACUAGGAUAAAAAGGUUGUGGGAUGAGAUGGAAUCUCUGGAUGCUGACUCUUAUUGUGUGUGUGAGUGUACCUGUGGGGAUAAACACAAGAUGAUCAAAAGAGAACAGAAUCAAAAACUAAUGCAGUUUUUGAUGGGUUUAAAUGAAGCAUAUAGUAAUGCUCGGGGAAACAUUCUUAUGAUGGAGUCUCUGCCAGACAUCAGUAAAGCUUACUCACUGAUUAUUCAGGAUGAGAAGCAAAGGGGUAUACAUAAUGUGACAAGCUACAAUCAAAAAGCACCACAAUCUGUCAAUCCUAAUCAGAGAUACAAUUUCAACAAUCGCACAACUCAGAAUUUCAACAAUCUUACUACUCAGAAUUUCAAUAAUCAGAAGGGUUAUGUUGAUCCUAAGAAGCUGUUUUGCAAGUAUUGCAAGAAAAAUGGGCAUGUGAUAGAAAAAUGCUACAAACUUCAUGGUUUUCCUCAAAAUUUCAAGUUUGGAAAUAAGAAUGUGCGGAUUGCUGCUAAUAUGCUUUCUUCUGCUGAUCCAAAAUCUGAUGGUGGUCCUGACACUACUCUUUCCCCAAAUACAAUUACUCCAGAACAAUACAAGCAGAUCAUGAAUAUUCUUCAAAAUGUUCAGGUUGAUGAUCCACAGAAUCAGAAUCAGUCCGUCUCUAGUGCAGCUAAUUUUACAGCCUACUGUGACUCGGAUUGGGCUGCUUGUCCGAGUUCUAAAAAGUCUGUGAGUGGUUAUUUGGUAUUACUUGGUGGCUCUCUUCUUGGAAGUCGAAAAAACAGCACACUGUUGCUUUAUCUUCGGCUGAGGCUGAAUACCGAUCCAUGAGAAGAGUGGUAGCUGAGCUUGCCUGGCUUACCAGGCUACUUCAUGAACUUUCUGUCACUUCUAUUGUUUCAGUUCCUGUUCAUUGCGACAGUCAGUCUGCCAUUUACAUUGCUCGGAAUCCUGUCUUUCACGAGCGUACCAAACAUAUCGAGCUAGAUUGUCAUUUCGUCCGUGAAAAACUUCAUGAUGGGCUAAUCUCAUUGUCCUAUGUUCCCAGCAGGUUGCAAUUGGCAGAUAUGCUUACCAAGCCCCUAUCUGGUAUGACUCACAAGUUUAUUCUGGGCAAGUUGGGUGUGGCCAAUCACCCUCCAA